AUGUCGUAUCAGCUUGCGGCAAAGGCAAGCACGAUGCCGAAGCAUGCACGGGAAAGGGACGUUCGAGCGAUGUCUGGAGCCUUGAGACGGGGGUCACUGCAAACGGGGGUCAGCCAGAGCGCUGGAUCUUGCAGGAUCCUGCUGGGACAGGGUCGCAUUGACCCGGGCUUGGGUGCAGUAUCCUGCAGGAUCCUGCAGGAUCCUUCGCAUUGGGCUUGGUUUGGUGGAUGCAGGACCUUUCAGGAUUUUGCAGGAGUUUGCAAGGCCGGAUUGACCCGGGUCUGGACUGACCCGGGUCAGAAGAUCCCCGAAGAUGUCAAGUGGGUGUUCGUGCAGAUGUUUUUUUCUUCUGGCAUCGCCAAGAACAACCUCGGGGAGUCGUUCUAUCGGCCUUGGGUGCCGUUCGUCACCACGAUCUUCCUGUUCAUCUUCGGGUCCAACUGGUCCGGGGCGCUGGUGCCGUGGAAGCUGCUGGAGCUCCCCGAGGGCGAACUCGCCGCACCCACCAACAACAUCAACACCACCGUGGCGCUGAGCCUGCUGACAUCCAUCGCCUACUUCGGCGGUGGCCUGGUGAAGAAGGGCCUCGGAUACUUCGCGCGGUACGUCAAGCCCACGCCCAUCUUGCUGCCAAUCAACAUCCUCGAGGACUUCACCAAGCCGCUCAGCCUGAGCUUCAGGCUCUUCGGGAACGUGCUCGCGGACGAGCUCACCGUGGCAGUCCUCACCUUCCUGGUACCCUUUGUCAUCCCCCUGCCUAUCAUGGCGCUUGGCAUCUUCGCCGGCUCCAUCCAGGCGCUGAUCUUCGCCACUCUGGCGUCGGCGUACAUCGCCGAGGCGAUCGAGUGA